CCAGCAGUCAGCUUCUGGUGAAUAGCCUCCCUUUGUGAUGUCAGCAUCGGUCAAGGCUUGUGCGUUACUUGGUGUAUUGAUCACUUCUCAGCUGUGGGCUGCCAUUUACUUCAGAGGGUAUUCGAAGGACAUGAUUUGCAGUCAGAAAGCUAAAACAAUACAUGACAUCAGGAUCUGGCACAAUUUAUCGUAACAUCCAUAUCGUUGCAUGUUUAAUAUGGAAAGCAAAAGCCUUGUUCACAUUCGAGAUAAACCAUGGAAAUGUGGAGACUGUGAGGAGGGAUUCAGAUCCCCCUCUGAGCUGGAAACUCAUCGGCACAAUCACACAGGAGAGAGGCCGUUCAUCUGCCCCGAGUGUGGGAAAGGAUUCACUCGCUCAUCCAACCUGCUGCAACACCAGCGAGGUCACUCCGGAGAGAGGCCAUUCACCUGCCCCAAGUGUGGGAAGGGAUUCAUUUAUUCAACCCAUCUGCUGAGACAUCAGCAAAUUCACGUGAGGGACGGACUGUUCAGCUGCUCCAAGUGCAGAAAGGGAUUCACUCGCUCAUCAGGGCUGCUACAACACCAACAGGUUCACACCAGGAAGGGGCCAUUCACCUGCUCCAUAUGUGGGAAGGGAUUCACUCAGUUCUCCAACAUGCUGAAACAUCAGCGAGUUCACACUGAGGACAGACCUUUUCACUGCCCAGAGUGUGGAAAGUGCUUUAAAGGUUCUGGGGACCUGAUGCGCCACCAACGUGUUCACACUGAGGAGAAACCAUUCCUGUGUUCUCACUGCGGCUCUGCAUUCAAACGGUCAGAGGAGCUCACUGUGCACCAGCGAAGCCACACCGGAGAGAGACCGUUCAGCUGCGCUGAGUGUGGGAAGAGAUUCACUCAGUCAUCUGCACUGCUGACACACCAGCGCAUUCACACUAGGGAGAAGCCAUUCGCCUGCUCAGUUUGUGCAAAGGGUUUCACUGAUUUAUCAACUUUUCUGAAACACCAGCAAGUUCACACUGACAAGAGACCAUUUAAAUGUUCAGAUUGUGUUAAGUGCUAUAAAAGUUCCCGGGAACUGCUGUCCCAUCAACGCACUCAUACGGAUGAAAGACCUUUUAAAUGCUCAAACUGUGGGAAACGCUAUAAAAGUUCUGGGGAACUGAUGCGCCAUCAACGUGUUCACACUGACGAGAGACUAUUUAGGUGCAAUCACUGUGGGGCUGGGUUCAGGCAAUCAUAUCUACUCACAGUACACCAGCGAGUGCACACUGGGGAGAAACCAUUCACCUGCUCUGAGUGUGGGAAGAGAUUCACUCAGUCAUCCACCCUGAGGACGCACCAGAGAGUUCACACUGGGGAGAGGCCGUACACCUGCUCAAUUUGUGGAAAGGGAUUUACUCUGUCAUCUGAUCUUCUGAAACAUGAACGCACUCACACUGGGGAGAGGCCAUUCACCUGCCUCGAGUGUGGGAAGGGAUUCAGUGACUCAUCAAACCUGUUGAAACACCAGCAAAUUCACACUGGGGAGAGGCCAUUCAUCUGCUCUGAGUGUGGGAAGGGAUUCACUCUGUCAUCUGACCUUCUGAAACAUGAACGCACUCACACUGGGGAGAGGCCGUUCAUCUGCCCUGAAUGUGGAAAGGGAUUCAGUGACUCAUCUAACCUGUGGAGACAUCAACGAGUUCACACUGGGGAGAGGCCAUUCAUCUGCCCCGAGUGUGGGAAGGGAUUCACUCGAUCACCCCAUUUGCUGAAACACCAGCGAGUUCACACUCGGGAGAGACCAUUCCUCUGCCCCGAGUGUGGGAAGGGAUUCAGUGACUCAUCCUACCUGCUGACACACCAGCGAGUUCACACUGGGGAGAAGCCAUUCCCAUGCUCUGAGUGUGGCAAGGCAUUCUCUCAGAUAUCCAACCUCAGGGCACACCAACUGGUUCACACUGAUGAGAGACCUUUCAAAUGUUCGCAGUGUGAGAAGAGCUAUAAACGAAGACGUGAAGUGCUCACUCACCAAUGCAUUCACACUGGGGAGAGGCCAUUCCCCUGCUCUGUGUGUGGGAAACGAUUUGUCCAUUCAAAAAACCUUCUGAAACACCAGCGAACACAUACUGGUGAGAAGUUGUUACCUGCUCCUUCAUGGGAAAGCAUUUACUCAGUCAUCCCACCUGCUGAGACACCAACGAGUUCACAAGUGACUGCAGGGCAGGCAUCUGUUGCUGUUGUUGUUCUUAAUGAAACUUUGCCUCACAUCACCCCUGCAUCAGUUUCUGAAAACCUUAACUCUAGCUCCCCAGUCCUUGGACCAUCACAGAAUGGAAACAAUGUUUUAUUUUUCUACCUCAACUAAACGUGUCAAAAACUUGUACUCUUGAAACACAGUGACCGGAAUCAGACUCUAGUUCUGACCUAAAGAGAGUUUUUUAAAAAUUAGCAUUUUUUCCCUGAUUUUCUCCAUGAUAUCUUAAUUUAUGAAAACCAAGGUUCCAUAUGUUUUGCUCACUGCUCUCUCAAUGUGUCCUGUCACCUGUAUAUUGCCCCUCCCUGUCAGCCCAGAAGUUCUGGUUUCAAGUCCAAUCUGUGAUGGAACUGUGUUAGAGCAGUUUAAUUUUUUUCUUAAUUGAAGAUUGAAUCAUGCCCAUUGGAAUCUGUUUUGCUGAAGGUAGUGAACUCCAGCUCAGUGAAAGGGAUCACUGGGUAAGGGGUGAAUAGAAUAAUAAACUCAAGUUCAUUUCUGCAAUAAACUCAUUAAUUUGUGCAAUAGAUUUGUGUAAUCACCAUUUGUUUGUGAAAUGGAUUGACUUAUUUGUAGAAUUUUCAGACUCAUUACAAGUAAACUUGCUGACUUAAACAUUUCAGUCCCACUUAAAUCUUCUGUUAAUCUGUGUGAAAAUCCAGUGUUCCCUUGUGAAAUAAAUUUGUGUCCAUUGGUUGCAGAAGCCUGUGUUCCAUUGUCUAAAUGAACUGAACCUGUGUUGUGGCUGCUGCCAGUUUUUAAACUGCAGCUUUGUCUCUGUGUAGAUUUUAAGUCUGAGGCCAGUGUGUGAGAUGGGGGAGGAGAAAAAUAGACUAAACUGUUGAGCUGUCACAUCACCUCUCUCUUCUCCCCUCCCUCUAAUGUCACAAAAAUGCCUCCUGGAGCUGUGCUCCAGGUAGAGGCAGCUGGGAGCUGACUAGAUAAGAUCGGAUUUUGGCAGAGAAGGGUGUUUGAGUGACA